AUGAUUCUCCCUCGCCGGCCGCCGCGGUUCAUCUUCGCCGUUGUAAUUGUAUUCAUCCUAAUACUCCUCAUCCACAACCCGUCCUGGCUGUCUCCAUCGACAAGCAGUCCAAGAGUAGCACGACACAAAAUCCAGUUCAAGCCGAGCUCAUUUAAAUGGACGACCGCCCACCAAUUCUAUCCUGUGUCGAGCCCUCUCACACCUCUCCCAACACGCAAAACCCUCAAGCUGCCCCGAAUCCAACACGAAUUCGGCACGACCGCGAACCCACACCCCGACGCGUCCAAACGCCAGAAGGUCGUUCGAGAUGUCUUCAAGAAGAGCUAUGACAGCUACAAACGUUAUGCGUGGAUGCGUGACGAGCUCACCCCUGUGAGCGCGGAUGGGAAGGAUACUUUUGGAGGAUGGGCUGCAACGCUUGUGGACUCGUUGGACACCCUUUGGAUCAUGGGCUUCAAGGAUGAGUUCUACGCUGCGGCUGAGGUUGCGGCCCGGAUGGAUUGGAUGAAUACGGUCGAGAAGAGUGCGAACAUGUUCGAGACUACAAUCCGGCAUUUGGGCGGCCUUCUCAGCGCCUACGAUCUGAGUGGCGAGGCCGCUCUCCUGGAGAAGGCAAGGGAGCUUGGAGAUAUGCUGUACAUGGGGUUUGACACUCCCAAUCGCAUCCCAGGCUUCUGGAUAAACUUCGAGGAUGCCAAGAACGGUGCUCAGUUGGCGGGGACGCACGAUCCGUCGGCCUCCCCUUGUUCACUCUCGCUCGAGUUCACACGCCUUUCCCAGCAUACCGGAGACAUGAAGUAUUUUGACGCUGUCAACCGUAUAAGUCGCUUUCUUGAACGCACCCAGUCCCAGUCUAAGCUUCCAGGGAUGUGGCCGAAGAUGAUUGACUUUCGUAAUGAACAAGUCGGCGCUGACAACGGCUUUACAUUGGGAGCCCUUGCGGACUCUCUGUAUGAGUAUUUACCAAAGAUGUAUGCUCUACUAGGCGGCGUAGACGAGUCGUACAAGAAGAUGUACCUCGGCGCCGCGGCGGUUAUAGAACAGCAUAUUCUGUUCCGGCCGAUGACGCCGGACAAUGCUAACAUCCUCUUUGCGGGUGAUGCGUAUGUCCAUCCCGAUAGGAUAGAUCACGUCGCUGAAGGCCAGCAUUUGUCGUGUUUUGCGGGUGGGAUGUUCGGCCUUGGCGGAAAGCUUUUCUCUAAUGACGAGCAUGUUGAUCUUGGUGAUCGCCUCGCACGUGGCUGUGCUUGGGCCUAUGAGGCGAUGCCAACGGGCAUAAUGCCGGAAAUCUUCAAUCUCAUUGCAUGCUUUUCGACGAAAGACGAGUGUCCUUGGGACGAGAAGAGGUGGGAACAAGAUGGCGACAAGAGGCUGAAGAAAGGGUUCAGAAAUGCCCGGGACCCCAGAUACAUCCUCCGCCCCGAGGCCAUUGAGAGCGUGUUUCUCCUCUACAGAAUGACUGGGAGUCAAGACUUGCAAGAUGUGGCUUGGAGAAUGUUCCAGUCCAUCAUCAAAGCAACGGAGACCAAGAUCGCCAACUCGGCAAUUGCUGACGUGACUGUUGCUCCUGACCAGACCCAGAAGAUUGAUUCCAUGGAGAGUUUCUGGCUGUCCGAGACACUGAAGUAUUUCUACCUGAUCUUCUCGCCCACUGACCUGAUAAGCUUGGACGAGUUCGUCUUCAACACUGAGGCACACCCUUUUAGAAUCCCCAAGUGA